AUGAAUUUCUUAUUCUCUGGCGAUGACCAAAAAAAAUUAAUAUUUGAGGAAAUCGAUAAGUUAGAAACAUAUUCGUCAACCGACGAUAUACCAUGCUUAUACCACUUGAAAUUCACAGCACAAAAUUUAAAUGAUAAAAUACUCAUAAAACAGAACGACAAUAACGAACAAUUCGGUAUGAUUUCCCAGUAUCAACUUCAACUUUCCGCUCCUACUCGUCUGCGUGUGAAAAACUUGAAUCAUGAAGACAAAACGCUUCGUACAUGGUACAGUAAUUCGUUAAACACACAUCACUUUUUAUUUUCGAUUUACUUCGAAAAAGCAUACUUAUGUAAACCACCUGGUGGUCCAUCAUCUUUCUGGGAACAACUAUGGCAGUAUACAUAUUUUAUUAUUAAGCAAAACAAAUUCGAUUUGUAUGAUUCAUUCCUCAGUCAGUUUAGUGCUGCAGCGGUGAAUAUAGGUAAGACAGUCAAUAUCAAUAAAUUUUUUUCACAAUGCAACGAUCACUUAUCGAGAAUAAAGCCAGCAUUAAAUAAUCAUAACUGCGUCAUAAAUAUUCUUCUACGUAUGGUGGGAUUAUUAACUGUUGCUAAAGUUAAUUUCAACCUCAAUCAACCUAAAUCAAUUACGUUUGUCGAUACUCUUUUAAAAUCUGUCAUAAUCAAAUCACAAAACGUCUUUAAUGAAAUGAAAGAAAGUGAUUGGAGUUUAGUCAAAGAUGGUUGCACAAAUGUAUUAUUUUGCAAACUUCAAAUUUAUUCUCCAUCUGCUUCAAAUGACACAGUAUCGUUUCUGAAGCAAAUACCAAAUGUUCAUCAACAGCGGCAAAUUGCAGAUGCACUCGUGAAAAAGAUAUUAAAACUAAAUGUAAAAAUUCGUCAAAAUGGCUGGUCAGAUAUAUUUACAAUGACUAGCGCUGACACACUCACGAUCGAAUGUUUGAAAAUGACAACUACAUUUGUAGAAUUUAUUGACAUUGCCGAGAAACUUUUACAGACAACAAUAGAAAGUGUAAAAAGUGAUGUUCCAACUACUCUAAGAGAAAUCCUGAAAGUAAGCCAGUUUACAAUGACGCUCGAAAAUGUACUCCAGUUCUUGGAAAAAGUACAUAGCAGUUGUAGUAACAGUUUGCGUAAUAUACUUGAGAAUAGUUCUGAUCUGAGUUCAGCAAUAACAAAUUAUCUACGUAAUAUGAAUGUAACCUCUGUGAAUCAAUUAGACCACUUAAGCAAGGUGCUGAUUGAUUAUUAUAAUCCACAUAUUCUAAACCAACUUCAAGUACCGGCCUAUAUAAAAGAUGUUCUUACCAAAUAUACCGACAAAAGGGCUGAUGCACUUUGGUUGUUUUAUCACAAAUGGUUCAAUUGUUUUCUGUGUGAUCGACAUUACGCCAAUACGGACACCGACUUAAAAAUGUUUGUGGACUUACUGGAUAUAUGGUUGGGCACAAUUAUCAAACAGUAUACAAUACAUUCAAAAUUCAUUCUAUCUAUCGAUAGUCUAAUUCAAUCAUUACUCAAUAUUGAGCAUCUAGGACAAACGCAAAAACCGAAUCGUCUAGAAUUUUUCAUACAAACUAGUUUGCCAUUGUUUUUUCCGAAGGAGAUAAGUGCAUUGAUUGAAAUGGCUGAACAAAUAGCUGUACACGUGAAAAAUCAACAAUUUAUGAUUGCAUAUAAGAAGAAAUUCCAACUCGAUAUUGCUGAAAAUGACACCAAUAAGCUUAACAUGAAACAUCUUUCUAUGGACAGUCCAUUUUUUCGGUUGUUACAAAGGAUUAAAGAGCGUCCAGACUUAAAAAUUUUAAUUGAUCUGAUUGAAAUCUGUGUGAAUGCUAACACGAUAGAAGAUUUGGAAGUAUACCUAUCCACUAUUGUUCGACCGAACAUAAAUUCAUUAGUAUCAAUCAUAUUAUUUGAAGACUGUUUAAAAAAUUCAAGAAUUCAUUAUGAUUUAUUGAUGGCGUUAGCAGAUUUAUGGACAAGCUUGGAAAAGAAUGGCGUUAUGGCUGCUGAUAUCAGAAAUAUGCGCAAUCAUUCGCCAAACGAGAGAAUUCAGUUUCGAGAAAUAUGGCAAUAUGUUCGAACCAUUGAGAAAAAAAAAUCAGAAAUAGAAGAGUUAUUCAAUAACUAUGAUCAAGAAAUGACUAAGAAGAUGAAUAUAAAGCAUAAAAUCCAACUGUGUCUCGAAACCUAUUGCAAACAAGCGAACGAUUUCGAUAAAUACCAAAAUCUGUUGAUAAAAAUGACCCAACAACUCGAGAAAAUGCCAAUUCAGUCAGUCAAAAUUCCAAAUGAACUUGUGCGAUUUGUCACAAUUGCUGAGCAACUAAACACCUUGCAGAUGUCCGUAACAUGGCAAAACGUUUUCAAACGGCGUAAACAAAGAGAAAAGCCUUUGAAAAGUACGGUUAAGUGCUGCAUAAUCGAAAAUCUUUAA